AAAUAUUUUGUUUCGGACUUACUGUAUCGCAGGCGUAACACAACUAAGCAUGAAUUUGAAAUCCGGGAAGAGAUUUUUUUUUAAGGAUGCAUUUUUAAUCUGCCACUAUUCUUUAGCUUUAGAUUUUCUUAUAGAUCUGUUGCGUCCAGAUGGGAAGUCGGUGUGGGGCUGCAGGAUGAGAAGUGGCCGUGAUCGCCAUGACUCUGAGAUCCAAACAAUUUCCACAACCGGGUUUCAAACGUAAGGCUGACACGGAAGACUUCGGAGUCAACAGCGUGGGUCCUGUGAGCGUCAAGAACGAGCCCUGUGACUUUGCUAUAGAUGUUCAGAACGUGCAACGACGGGAAAUCCCAAGCAGAUCCAAGGACUUAGAUCAGAGUUUCAUGACAAGCAAAGUUACCCUAGCCGCCACAGCUCCAGAAACGGUUCAGGGAGACAAACCUCUGGGGAUAACGUCCCCUGUCAGACCAAUGGGGGGUGAGGGAACCCCGGUGAAAGGUAAACCCCUCUCUGUUGACAACAUGGAUAAUCCUCAGAUGGCAGUGAACAAUAAUCCAAAGGAUGCCGGUGCUGAGGAUAGCACAAAAGGGGUUGUUCCUGGAGUUCUGGGCACCGCUUCUAUUGAACUGUCCUCCGAAGGAAAGUGGAGGAACAUCAGGAAGACCCCUGCAAGUCCGCAUGCACAGGCUAACUGCCUCCGACAGAUUCUCCUCCUGCAGCUGGACCUCAUCGAACAGCAGCAGCAACAGCUACAAUCCAAGGACAAGGAGAUCGAUGAUCUCAAGGCAGAUAAAGAGACGUUGCUUGCACGCAUUGAGCGCAUGGAGCGUCGUCUCCAGCUCACAAGGAAGGACAUGCCGCGUGAUAAGCGCCUUUUCCAGCCCCUGGAGCCGUGGACCCCUGACAAAGAGGACAUGUGGGAUCUGGACAUAGAAGAGAGUCCACAGCCCAACGCGGCCAUUCCCCUCCCGUUCAGCCGGGGAGGCAAAGGUCAAAAAAGGAAAACUUGCUUCGGAGAUGCAAAGGUUCAGAAAUCCCGGGGUAAAAGUGCAAAGCUCAGCCCCCAAAAGUCUGAGACGGAGCCCGGCUCUCCCAACCAAAGAGAGCUGCGCAGUAAGGAAACACCAGAGAAGUCUGUCCCGGCCAGGUCCGGCACAGAAAGGGACGCUUUGCUCCCCUGCAAAGAGGAGCCCGAGCUGAGCUGCCAGAUGGAGGAUCUGCCCUUCAUGUCGACCACAGAGAUGUAUCUGUGUUGCUGGAACCAACCUCCUCUGUCCCCUCUGCGUGAGACUUCCCCUAAAAAGGAGGAAGAGGUGGCCAGUGAGUGGACUCCUCAUGUAGUUCAUGAUAUGCUGAUUGUUUUUCCCUCUUGGAGGGAAAACCACAUAGAGCCUUUGGAGGAGGAUGCCUCUAAUAUCCCAGAGCCGCUGGAUGACUGCACGUUUCUGAAACGCCACGCGAAGCUGGAGCUGGAUGAGAAGAGGAGGAAAAGAUGGGACAUCCAGCGAAUCAGAGAGCAGCGCGUGUUCCAGCGUCUGCAGCAGCGCAUGAACAGGAAGAAGACCGUCCAGGAGACCGAGCCGGAGCUGUCGUCCUUCUACCCCGAAACUGAAGAUGUUGAAGCUAUAGUGAUCACUCCGUUCUUGCCUGUGGUUGCAUUUGGUCGCCCGCUGCCCAAACUCUCCCAGCAGAACUUCGAGCUGCCCUGGCUGGACGAGCGAAGCCGAUGUCGCAUCGAGGUGCCCAAGAAACACACGCCUCACCGAACCUGUCGGAAGUGAACGCCGGAACGCGACAGCAGCAGAGCGGCUCCAUGACUGAAUUUUAAAAUGGCCCACAGUUCAGGGCGGGGAAGUCAGUUCAUCGGUGUGUGCAACUUGCAGUUGUUUUCAGUUUGUGAGGCAUGAAACCACAGACUGGUUUCUCUCCUGCUAGAAAACUGGGGGGAAAAAAAAGAAAUGAGGCAAGAUUACAGUCAACACGAUUGCGACUGUUCAUCCAAGAGUUCAGAGCACGUUUUUUUGCUCAAGCUGUGCCAUUAGAAAUCAGUUUUUAUCACUCAAAGAUGGCGUUUCAAUCAGUCUUAAUGCAUUUUUGUUCUGGCAGAAUGAGAUGCCUCAUCUUCAGCUUGUUUGAGCGCAAAGAGGGGCUUAAACUCGGCAUAACAAGCAAUACAGCCACAUAAUUCUCGCUGUGAGUAGCUUUUCUCCAUGCCCAAGUGGGAAGGAAAAUAAAAAAUCAAAAUU